AUGUCGAGAUACAUUCAGCGAUCGGCGUACAGAACUUUUAAUGCCUAUAAGUGGCGGUGCUUUAGCACGCAAUCCUUUGCCUUUAAGGAAAUGACACAUCCUAUAAAACCAUCUGCACAAAUCCUCAGACAUCUACAAUUCACACAAAGAAUACCCUUUCAAGAAGGUCUGGAAAUACAGGAGAAGCUCGUCAGAGCAAACUUAGAUAUCAAGGACAUCCAAUCCAAGAUYGAGAGGAAACUUAUUCAAUUGGAUGAAGAGCACAAAGGCACAGCAACGAUAAACGACAGCGAAAAAAAGAUACUGGACAAUAUUAUGGCAAUGAAACCCAACCCAAUAAUAUUAACAUUUGAGUUUGAACCAACGUAUACUGGUGGGAAAAGAAUCAAGAAAACUAUGACACCAGAUCAAAUAGCUAGCUAUGAAAGUUUUAUUCCAGAAACGCAAAAGAAUAAUCCGAAACCAAGAUUCGUUCAGGUUGAAAGAGGUGGACAGGUAACAUUCCAUGGGCCAGGCCAAAUUGUUAUUUACAUUAUUUUGGAUUUAAAGACAUUCCACAAUUUCCCUGCGAAAUGCUUGGUUUCAUGUAUCGAACAGGCGACUAUCAAAACAUUAAUGGAUACAAAAAUGAGCAAUGAUUCUGGUAAAUCCUUGAACUUAGAUGCUGUAACGACUAAGGAAACUGGGGUUUGGGUUGAAAAUGGCAAAAAGAAGAUUGCCAGCAUUGGAGUACACGUCAGACGUUCUAUAACAUCGCAUGGAGUAGCAAUAAACGUCAAUACUGAUCUAUCGUACAUGAACAAUUUCGAAAUGUGUGGUUUGAAGAGCACCUCAACGACUUCAGUCAAGGAGCAACAACCCGAUGCCCAUGUCGAUGUACAAAGUAUAGCAAUUAGUUUCGUUAAAGAAAUGACAAAACUGCUGGGGAUAAAGACCUUGGAAAGAAUGCAAAUUGAUGACAUCAAUACACUAAAAAACAACCAGUGA